CGGAGAACAAACGGCACUCACGGGCGGCCCUUUUUAAUCUCGCUCCACUGCGCAGCCGUGAAUGAUCCCUCCGAAGUCAGUCUCGCGAGUUCGAGUCCCGUCUUCCGCCACAAAGCUCGAUGGCCGACCUCGGCCUCUUCUUCGUUUUCUUUCGGCCUACUUUGCAGGGACGUCGUGAAGGUAAAGCAGAGGGAAGGAGAGCGCGUCGCCUUCGCUUCGCCGCACGGACUCUCGCUGGCUCCGCCCCCUUGAGGAGAUACCACUGAGAAGCUUCUGCUGGGGGAGUCCCCCCCCCCCUUACGGAGGCCUCGUUCUCGCCUUCAACUUCGCGGUCGGGUGCUCCGAAGUACAUCUGUGAUGUCCAAAAUACUUCCUGGAGAAAGCCCAGGCCAAGAUGUUUGGACUGCCUGCAAUGAAGGUUCUCGGCCCAGGAACUGGGGCUUGUUGGCCACUGGCCUUCUCGGAGGCUCACUAGUGGUGCUGUAUUCAAUCGCUGCCCCAUUUAUCACUCCAGCCCUGAGGAAGCAUUGCCUGCCGUUUGUGCCUGCUACUCCAAAGCAAAUUGACAACGUCUUGAGUGUGCUGAAGGGCCGGAGCGGAUCCUUGGUGGACAUAGGCAGUGGUGAUGGACGCAUUGUAAUCGCAGCUGCAAAAGUUGGUUUCAAAGCUGUUGGAUAUGAACUGAAUCCCUGGUUAGUGUGGUAUUCCCGGUACCAUGCUUGGAAAGCAGGGGUGCAUCAUAAUGCUAAAUUUUACAUUUCGGACUUAUGGAAGGUCAGUUUCUCUCAAUAUACAAAUGUGGUAAUUUUUGGAGUACCUCAAAUGAUGCUUCAGCUUGAAGACAAGCUCGGAGAAGAACUCCAGCCAGAAGCCAAAGUCGUUGCGUGUCGUUUUCCUUUCCCCCAUUGGAAGCCAAGUCAUAGUGUUGGAGAGGGCAUCGACACAGUGUGGGGAUAUCAUUCAGAAUCUUUCAGGAGGAAAGAUGACUGAGCUAUAUGACCAAGCAUACUCCUACUGAUUACUUGAAGCUCCGCAAGGGUUGUUCCAAUGACUGGGUUUGAGCCAAAUGUACGUGAGAUGAAGUGGAUGAUAACUGCGCAAGUGGAGCUUCCCUGCUUUCCCCAGCAAAAAGCCCCCCACCCACAUGCGACCCAGAUCAUCAACUGAUAUUUAUGGGGCUUUUGUAAACAAAAUGCAUCCGCGUACAGGAGCUGCAGGGAAUAUCCAGUGGCACAGGCUGUUCGAAACCUUUGCAAGUAUGGACUCAACCUGUUGAAUGAUGUAUGUAGUUGUUUUCUAGAUGGACACAAUUCCAUUAAUUUGCUGAGAGAACAUUUCAGAAGUAAUAGCAAAAACGGGGUGGGGGGGAGGCGCGGUAUGACAAGCAUUACUGGCGUCUCAUGUCGUAAAAAAUCAAGGAAGCCUUCAGGUAUGUUAAACACAUGUACUGUUUCCCCCCUAGCCAUUGUUCCGGUCUGUGCAGUAAAAGUUAUCU